ACCCGGCAGGUCGAGAGCCCAAGGGAGGGAGAGGAGGUGGGAGCCCCGGCCUCGGUCGCUGGCCUCCCUCCCAGCCCCACACGGCCUAGCCCCAUGGUCCCCGCCGCCGUUGCGCUGCUCUGGGCCCUGCUGCUGAGUCUGGGGCCCCGGGCGGCGGCGGGGGCCCAAGGCCUGACUUCGACCAGCACGCAGCCGGUCAGUUUCCGCCCCAGGAGCCCGAUGACCCAAAACGACUGGUCCACCGCCCGGACCAGUGUUUCCCCGAAGAGUACGGUCAUCAUAGAGGACGAGGAUGACAUGGUGGCCGCUGCCGACCGCCUGGCAGGCCCAGCUGCUGCCGAGCUCUUGGCCUCCACGGUGUCCACGGACGUCAGCGGGUCGCAUUCGUGGGACCGGGAGGACGGCUCUUUGGAAGAGGGGGUUGUGAUUAACGCGGACAAGAACAGCUCGCGAUCAGAGGUUGUCAGUACCGUCUCCAGCACAGCGACGGAGUCCAGCUCCAGGUUCCCGGCGAACGUGCAGGAGGCGGAGUACAGGCUGACCACCAACAUGGCGCCCUUCACGGGCAAGUCCACUGACGACCUGCUGCUCACCGGCAGCAGCCUGACCAAGUGGACCACGGCGGGGGCCACCCCCAGACGCUGGCCGCAGUACUCGUCCACAGCCAUGCCGCCUCCCGAGAACCUGCGGCUGAUGCUCAUGCCCUGGGGCCCGUGGCACUGCCACUGCAGGUCAGGCACCAUGAGCCGGUCCCGGGCUGGGAAGCUGCAGGGCCUUUCGGGGCGCCUCCGAGUUGGGGCGCUGAGCCAGCUCCGCACGGAGCACCGGCCUUGCACCUACCAUCAGUGCCCUUGCGACCGGCAUCGUGAGGAGUGCCCCCUGGACUCGGGCAUCUGUUCUGGCACCGGCUGCGCCACUCAGAGCCGCGUCGCCACCGCCGGCACCGCCACCGGCACCGGCACCACCACCACCACCACGACGACUACGACCACCACGACCACCACGACCACCACGACCACCCUACCCCCGCUCAGCCAGAGACUCAGACCCACCCCGCUGCACCUCCUGGGCCCCAGCGCCGCCCUUGAUUUUUGGAGGCGGGUCAGGAUUGGGCUGGAGGAUAUUUGGAACAGCCUCUCUUCCGUGUUCGCACAGAUGCAACCAAUAGACAGAAACCGGAGGUAAUGGCCACCGAGCUGCAAGAAGCGUCAGAAUCUCGCCCUCCCCUCCCCCUUCAAUCUCAGCACCCACUGGGUAUUUUUAGUACAGAAAAACAAAACUAGAAAAAACA